AUGGGGAUCGACGCGGGAGCUGGGACCCACGAGCUGGCCCUGUAGCAUGCGAGGAUGUGCCCGCGCCCUCGCUGAGCCGCCCGCCGCCGGCCCCGCUGCCCGUCCCGCCCGGCACCAUGGGAGGAUGCUUCUCCAAGCCCAAACCAGUUGAAGUAAAAAUUGAAGUUGUGAUACCUGAGAAGGAGAGAAGCAAGGAGGAGAUGUCACCCAAUGGAAAAGCCAGCCCUCUGAUCUACAAAGUCAAUGGGACUGCCCGGCACUACCACCUCGAGGAGCAUCCAAUUGCCAGCAACCCCUACCACAACCCAAAGGACGUGGUAGAAGCAUCUGUGUGCCAUGUGAAGGACCUGGAGAAUGGACAGAUGCGGGAAGUGGACCUGGGCUGUGGGAAGGCUCUGCUCAUCAAGGAGAGUGGUGAGUUCCACGCCGUGGGACACAAGUGUCCCCACUAUGGGGCUCCGCUGGUCAAAGGGGUUUUGUCCAAAGGAAGAGUCCGCUGUCCCUGGCAUGGGGCUUGCUUCAAUAUUGGCACAGGUGACAUUGAGGACUUUCCCGGCUUGGAUAGUUUACCCAGGUUCCAGGUGAAGAUUGAGAAGGAGAAGGUGUACAUCCGAGCAAGCAAGCAGGCUCUUCAGACACAGAGAAGGACAAAGAUGAUGGCAAAGUGUAUCUCCUUGAGCAACUACAACCUGAGCAGCACCAAUGUGCUGAUCAUUGGCGCAGGGGCAGCUGGGCUGGUCUGUGCAGAGACCUUGCGCCAGGAGGGUUUCUCUGACCGGAUUGUGAUGUGCACCAUGGACAGACACUUGCCCUAUGACAGACCAAAACUCAGUAAGUCAAUGGAUUCCCACCAUGAGCAGAUUGCCCUGCGCCCCAAGGAGUUCUUCUGCACCUAUGACAUCGAAGUCCUGACUGAAAUGCAGGUGGCGGCUGUGGAUGUCAAGAGCAAGAUAGCUGUGUUCAAGGAUGGGUUUAAGAUGGAAUACAACAAGCUGCUGAUAGCAACGGGAAACAUGCCCAAAACUCUCAGCUGCAAAGGCAAGGAGAUGGAAAAUGUUUUCAACAUCCGGACACCUGAAGAUGCCAAUCACGUGGUGAAGCUGGCCACGAGCAAGAAUGUGGUGAUUGUGGGAGCGUCCUUCCUGGGGAUGGAGGUGGCUGCCUACCUUGCGGAGAGGGCCCACUCGGUGUCCCUGGUGGAGCUGGAGCAUGUUCCCUUCAAGAAGUUCUUUGGGGAGCGGGUUGGCCGUGCUAUCAUGAAGAUGUUCGAGAACAACAGGGUGAAGUUCUACAUGCAGACGGAGGUGUCGGAGCUGCGGGAGCAGGAGGGGAAGCUGAAGGAGGUUGUGCUGAAGAGUGGGAAGGUCCUGCGUGCUGACGUCUGUGUCGUGGGUGUUGGUGCAGUCCCAGCGACAGGCUUCCUCAAGCAGAGUGGCAUCAACAUCGACUCCAAGGGCUUCAUUGUGGUCAACAAGAUGAUGCAGACCAACAUCCCAGGGGUCUUUGCUGCUGGAGAUGCUGUCACAUUUCCAUUGGCCUUGAGGAAUAACAAGAAGGUGAAUGUCCCCCACUGGCAGAUGGCCCACAUGCACGGCCGCAUUGCUGCGCUGAACAUGCUGGCCCAUGGCACGGAGAUCAGCACUGUCCCGUACCUGUGGACAGCUAUGUUUGGGAAGAGCAUCCGAUAUGCAGGCCAUGGGGAAGGAUUCGAUGAUGUUGUCAUUCAGGGAGAUUUAGAUGAACUGAAGUUUGUGGCAUUUUAUACCAAGAGGGUCUCCCAGAGAUGGCGUGUGGGUACCAGGAUGGCAUUCCAUGCUGAGAGCCGGAGGAGUGAUGAGGUGGUGGCUGUGGCCAGCAUAAACUACGACCCAAUCGUCUCCAAGGUGGCUGAGGUCCUGGCUGCCGGCAGGACGAUCCGGAAGCGUGAUGUGGAAACUGGAGACAUGUCCUGGCUAACAGGGAAAGGCUCCUAACGCCACUGAUGGUUGAGCCCUCCUGAUGCUGCACUUGCCGUGGGGAGAUGAAACAGCAGUUCCACAGCCCGCUGGGAACCCCAUGGCUCAGCCGUUUCCCUUUGAGACCUGGAUGAACCUGGCAUUGUGCGCUGACCUUCCCAGGAGGAUCUCACACAUCUCCUCUGCCCCUGUGCCUGCUGGGCUGGGGCUCUGCUGUUGCAAUUGCUGUGGAAUGCUGGAAAAGCAACCCAUAGAGAGCAUGGGGUUUGGCAAUGGGAUGGGCAUGGAUGCCAUAUGACUCUGGAUCCUGCCACUGGCUGAGGGUCCCCAGGCGGGUCUGCCCCACACAUGGCCCUCACCCCCAUAAGCAGCAUGAGUGCCUUUGGUUGCUCCUGUGCUUUCAUGCAUGAUGCUCCUCUCCAAUUCUCUUUGCUCCCAGCACAGUUUCAAUGUGCAUCCCCGUGGAGCCUGACAUCUGCUCCCUUCCUGCAUGGCUGCGGCAUUUGCCACAGCUUUCCCUGUGCCCACCCACCCCAGGGGCCGUCUGGGCAGACCAGGAGAUGGGGUUACACUAGGUGAUCUCUGUGCAGCUGGUCCUUGUGUUGUCCAGGCUAGUCCUGUGAAGCCCCACCAGCAGAGGUGGAUCCCUGUCCAUGCUGAGGGCUCUGGAGCUCAUUGGUCCCCAUCCCAGCAUCUCCUGUCCUGGAGCAGCCAAGGGGCUGGGGUGCGUUCCCUGUCUCGCGGGGCUCGGUUUGGGCUGGAGCACUGGCAGCUCUUGGCCUGUUCCUGGGAUGCGUAGCAGGGGUGCCUGAGAGCCGUGGUGGCUCAGCUGCAGCCCUGGGCUGGGUAGCCACGCUUCCAGCCAGCCUUGGGAUAUCUAUCCUUAAUGCUGUCAUGGGAUCAGUGCUGUCAGUGCUGCUGGUGAGGUCUUACUCAAGGAAAAGUAGCUGGGGGAGCAUUUCUAGCGGUCCAUUCUCUGGCAUUUGUCCAGCGUAGUGACAAGGCUGCGUUUCCUAGCCCACCAUGCCAGUGCUCUGCUGUCCUGUUUCCUGCCCCAUGCUGAAGAGCCACGUCUCCAGCUCAGGAGUGGACUUGGCCAGCCACAGCCCAGUGUCCAUCAGCCCAGCAGAGUGGGGCUUGAGGGUCCCCCUUGGAGAGACUCCAAGAGUGCUUUGUUCUGGGGGUGACUCCUUCCCCAGCAGUCAGUGUUUUACCCUGAGUCCCAAACAAGAGGAUUUAUAUUUUCAGUUUGAUUCACGCCCUAUGAAUUAAAGCAAUACUAUUCUUGG